AUGCCCAGGGAGAUAAUAACCAUCCAAGCCGGCCAAUGUGGCAAUAACAUUGGCGCGCAGUUCUGGCAACAACUCUGCCUUGAACAUGGAAUCAAUCAAGACGGAAACUUAGAAGAAUUCGCUACAGAAGGAGGCGACCGCAAAGAUGUGUUUUUCUAUCAGAGUGACGACACUCGAUACAUCCCUCGCGCAAUCCUCCUCGACCUCGAACCAAGGGUUCUCCACGCUAUACAAACCGGUCCAUAUAGCAAUAUAUACAAUCCCGAAAACUUCUUCGUUGGCAAACAAGGAAUUGGUGCCGGAAAUAACUGGGCUGCCGGAUAUGCCACUGGAGAAACGGUGCAAGAGGAGGGAUUUAUGCUCCUCCAUUCCAUCGCCGGAGGAACGGGUUCUGGCCUUGGGAGUUUCCUGCUGGAACGGAUGAACGAUAGGUUUCCGAAAAAGCUGAUCCAAACUUACUCCGUUUUCCCCGAUACACAAUCGGCUGAUGUUGUCGUCAAUCCGUACAACAGCUUACUAGCUAUGAGGAGGUUGACUCAGAAUGCGGACUCUGUGGUCGUACUUGAUAACGGCGCUUUGUCUAGAAUCGCCGCUGAUAGACUACAUGUCCAAGAACCCUCCUUCCAACAAACCAACCAAUUGGUAUCGACCGUAAUGUCAGCAUCGACCACGACGCUACGCUACCCUGGGUACAUGCACAAUGACCUUGGAAGUAUCAUCGCAUCCCUCAUCCCGAUCCCUCGCUCCCAUUUCCUCAUCACUUCCUAUACACCCUUCACAGGAGACAACGUCGAACAGGCAAAAACUAUUCGCAAAACCACAGUUCUCGACGUUAUGCGCCGACUACUCCAGCCCAAAAAUCGCAUGGUCUCAAUUAAUCCGAGCAAAUCAAGUUGCUACAUCAGCAUCCUCAACAUCAUACAGGGCGAAGCUGAUCAAACGGACGUGCACAAAUCUCUACUCCGCAUUCGUGAACGGCGCCUCGCGGCUUUCAUUCCCUGGGGUCCCGCUAGCAUCCAAGUGGCCAUCCCCAAGAAGUCUCCUUACCUUUCUAACACUCAUCGUGUUAGCGGCCUGAUGCUUGCGAAUCAUACAUCUGUAGCGACCUUGUUCAAGAGAAUUGUAAGCCAGUACGACAGGCUACGAAAGCGCAAUGCCUUUUUAGAGCAAUAUAAGAAAGAAGCGCCAUUUGCGGACGGCUUAGGAGAGUUUGAUGAGGCACGAGCUGUUGUUAUGGAUUUGGUGGCAGAAUAUGAAGCUGCGGAGAAAGAAGACUACCUGGAGGGUCCAGGCGGAGGUGCAGAAGAUGGUUAG